CCAUUAUAUAAAAAAUAAUCUGACCAGUUAACAUAUAUAUCAACUGGACGAUAAUUACUCUCCAUUAGUCGGACCAAAUAGUCCAACGGAUAACGUCAAUAUGGAGAAAUCCUUGUGUGUGUUUCUUUUUUUGUGUAGUGCUUUAAUGGAAGUGCAAUGUUUAGAAUGCUACAUCUGUGAUAACUGCCCGAAAGCCAAACUAGAUGAAAUACAAACUUGUGGGCCUACUACAAUUUCUGAGCCAUCAACUACGACAACGGAAUCUCCAGCCACGACAACAGUGACGACAAAACUUCCAACCCCUUCUACAUCAACCACACUUAAACUUACAACAGAAACUAUACCGGAAUUUACGACUAUUUCCUCAACAAUUCCUACAGAAGCUAUAAUUACGUCCACGACAACGACAGAAGUUGCUACUACGACAAAAACAAGACCUACUUCCACAGAAUCUACAACUCCUACAGUAGCAUCCUCAACAGCUGCAUUGGAAACUACAAAUAUUCCAAUGAUAAGCCCCGCAGAUGAUAUAACCUCUUCUACAGUCACAACAAUAACCAUUUCUGGUUUUCCAAGCACCGGCACAGAAUCUCAACAAAUCACAACACCCACAGAGGCUGCAAUCACGUCAACAUUACUGACUACAACAACCAUAGCAGACCCUACAACAAGUUCUACAACGACUUCUGUGGCACACACAACACUUAAAGAAACAGUAUCCGAACCCAUAAUCAGUUCCAUAACAACAAAAGAUCUUGGUCUAACAGACAACAUAGUUUCAUUUAUUUCUACGUUCCCUACAACAACGGCAGUGCCUCUUGCAAGUUUUCCUGUAACAGAACCACAGACGUUUACAAUAUUACCUACUUUAACCGAACAGAAUAUGGAAUCUAUAACACAAAAUAUUCCAACACUGUCAUUGGCUGAACCUAUAGCAACAUUCACGACAGAACCUGCACCAAAGAUAUCUACUAUAGCUGUCGCAAUUUAUCCGGAGUCUACAUUCUAG